AAGCUGCCUUCUAUUAUUGAGAUUAAAAAGGUUUUCAAUUAAUUUUUUUUUAAAGUUGUCCGAUUUUCUUCACCAGGAAAUAGAGAUCACACAUUUCAUCUCCGACAUUACAACGGCAGACCUGGUUACUCUUACAUUUCAUCUCCGACAUUACAACGACAGACCUGUUUACUCUUACAUUUCAUCUCCGACAUUACAACGACAGACCUGUUUACUCUUACAUUUCAUCUCCGACAUUACAACGGCAGACCUGUUUACUCUUACAUUUCAUCUCCGACAUUACAACGACAGACCUGUUUACUCUUACAUUUCAUCUCCGACAUUACAACGGCAGACCUGUUUACUCUUACAUUUCAUCUCCGACAUUACAACGACAGACCUGUUUACUCUUACAUUUCAUCUCCGACAUUACAACGACAGACCUGUUUACUCUUACAUUUCAUCUCCGACAUUACAACGGCAGACCUGUUUACUCUUACAUUUCAUCUCCGACAUUACAACGACAGACCUGUUUACUCUUACAUUUCAUCUCCGACAUUACAACGACAGACCUGUUUACUCUUACAUUUCAUCUCCGACAUUACAACGACAGACCUGUUUACUCUUACAUUUCAUCUCCGACAUUACAACGACAGACCUGUUUACUCUUACAUUUCAUCUCCGACAUUACAACGACAGACCUGUUUACUCUUACAUUUCAUCUCCGACAUUACAACGACAGACCUGUUUACUCUUACAUUUCAUCUCCGACAUUACAACGACAGACCUGUUUACUCUUACAUUUCAUCUCCGACAUUACAACGACAGACCUGUUUACUCUUACAUUUCAUCUCCGACAUUACAACGACAGACCUGUUUACUCUUACAUUUCAUCUCCGACAUUACAACGACAGACCUGUUUACUCUUACAUUUCAUCUCCGACAUUACAACGGCAGACCUGUUUACUCUUACAUUUCAUCUCCGACAUUACAACGGUAGACCUGUUUACUCUUACAUUUCAUCUCCGACAUUACAACGACAGACCUGUUUACUCUUACCUUUUCGUCGUAGUAACUCCGUUUUUAAGCCUAAGACUACGGGACUGCGACGAGCAAAAAAAAAAAAAAACUACGGUUUUGGGGAAUUUUUCUUUUUUUUUUGGUUUGUCUCGAUUUUAACUUUUUAAUAAAAUAAUUGGUAUAUAUUUUCGGUAAAAAGUACCGCAUUUUUUGUGUUAACACGGUAAGCACUGGAAAAAGAAUAACUGUGAUCAGUGUUUCUUUCAGACAUUCCCCCCCUCAGGGGGGGGGGGGCAUUUCAAAUUUUCGGGGGGAGGGGCUUUGCCAUUUGCCAGUGACCAGAGGCGUCGCUAAGGUGUGGAAGAUGGGGCAUGUCUCACGGGGGCACCAGACUAGCCGGGCAGGGCGAAAAUGGGCUUUGAUGGUAUUUAAUGGUUGAAAAUAAUCAGUUUCAGAGUUUAGAGGUGGGGCGUGAUAAUGAAUCUUGUCCUUUGACGCCAAACACUGUAUCGUGAAAGGAGGACGGCAAAAAUAUAUUUGCCCGCCCAUGGCGGCACUAACAGUAGCUGCACCACUAGGCAGUAUAUCUAUCGAUACCGAAAUCGGGGAGAAUUUUCAUCGGGAAUUGGGGCGUAAAUUGAGAGCGCCGAUGAAUCUUGAUCGGCGGAGGGGUCUAUGGAGCCUGCCAGAAAAUUGUUGAUCCUGUCAAAGUCAAGGGGGGGGUGUUUUUUGAGUAUAUUGGAAUUCAACGUUUUUAUUUGACUUUUUAACGGGGGAGGAUAUUUUUAAGGUUUUGUGGGAGCGUUUAGCGCCCAGUGCCGGCGUGAUGGCGCCCAGUGCCGGUGUGAUGGCGCCCAUUGCCAGCGUGAUGGCGCCCAGUGCCGGCGUGAUGGCACCCAGUGCCAGCGUGAUGGCGCCCAGUGCCGGCGUGAUGGCACCCAGUGCCGGCGUGAUGGCGCCCAGUGCCGGCGUGAUGGCACCCAGUGCCGGUGUGAUGGCGCCCAUUGCCAGCGUGAUGGCGCCCAGUGCCGGCGUGAUGGCACCCAGUGCCAGCGUGAUGGCGCCCAGUGCCGGCGUGAUGGCGCCCAGUGCCAGCGUGAUGGCGCCCAGUGCCGGCGUGAUGGCACCCAGUGCCAGCGUGAUGGCGCCCAGUGCCGGCGUGAUGGCACCCAGUGCCAGCGUGAUGGCGCCCAGUGCCGGCGUGAUGGCACCCAGUGCCAGCGUGAUGGCGCCCAGUGCCGGCGUGAUGGCACCCAGUGCCAGCGUGAUGGCGCCCAGUGCCAGCGUGAUGGCACCCAGUGCCAGCGUGAUGGCGCCCAUUGCCGGCGUGAUGGCGCCCAGUGCCGGCGUGAUGGCGCCCAGUGCCGGCGUGAUGGCGCUCAUUGGCGGCGUGAUGGCGCCCAUUGGCGGCGUGAUGGCGCCCAUGGCCAUACAUCAACUAAAUUCACUCAGUUAUUAGCGUGUCCCAGAGUAAUCAUUUGGCACAAGCUUAUAAUCAACCCAAUACUGUACCAUUGAUCAGCGUGAGUGAAGGGGUGCAGAAAUUUAGGGCGCUUACUACAAUCGGGCAAACUCAAAAUGCAGAGGUGCAUUGUGGUGCAUACUUGAAUUUUGUUUGUCUUUCAGACAAUUAUUAGAUUGCAUUUCAAACUUUCGGAUGGGGUGUGCCAAAAUUAGCCAUAAUAAUGAUCAAAGACAUCUUCAAUUCGGCUCCAGUGAGACGUAAACUAAAUUCCUUCUACUUGAGUCAAACUUGAACUACACACUCAGACACAUAAACGUAUAACUAAAAUGUGGCAAGAAGAGAAAAUUCCAACAGAAUGGGAAACAGCAUUAAUAACCCCGAUACACAAGAAAGGCUCCAAACUUCGGUGCACAAACUACAGGGGAAUCUCCCUAUUAAAUGUUUCAUACAAAAUACCGACGUAGGUAAUUGCAAAAAGACUGAAACCGUACACUGAAGAAAUACUAGGUGAUUACCAAUGGGGACUCAUGCAAAACAAAUCAACGGCUGCCUAAUUAGAUGCCUAAUGGAGUAAUGUUUUUCAAAUAAAUUACAAAUUGCCUCUUAGAUAUACAUUAAUAUACUUUUUUUUUACCAAAUCCGCAGAAUUUAUAUGACUUUGUCCAAAUUAGGUAGAAUAAGUUAUUAUCUACUGAGCAUAUGUGUUCAUAGUUGGCAUAUUUUUUAAAAACUUGCUAGGAAUCUUUCUGCCAACCAUUUUCAAAACCAUUGUCCCAAUUCACGACAAUUCACGGAUCAAAAAUGAAUACUUUUUUAAUCUAUUGAGAGACCAAUUUCCAACUGAACCAACCCAGAAUGUCUUCCUUUUGACUACUGGGAACACGUGGCAGGUGGAGGUAGGCACCGUUGUCAAUCGCAGGUAUGGGUUCAGUAUGCUGCUGGUUUCGGCGCACGCUGUACGCGUUGACAUGCAUUUUGUGUCCUUGUGUUUGCAGGCGAUUCCAGCCCACUGCUUCGAGUCAAACACUUUACGCUCUAUAUAUUCAUUGGUGAAAGACUUUGUUAUUGUGGGACUCUUGUGUUUGCUGGUUGAAGGGACUUGGAUGGUGUUUCCUCCUCUUGCACAGGUAAAACAAAACUGUAGAUGGUGUUUUAAAACCCAAUAAAUUUAAUUUAUACAUGGUCACCUCUAUAAUAAACACACACACACACACAUACACACACAUACAUUUAUAAACAAAACUCUCAAAACAUUUAACAUGAAAUUUCACACUGAUAAAUACUUUUUCAUUUGAAAUAAAGUGUUUCAGUCUUUCUCAUGGGAAAAUCAACAUUUUACUUUCAGUUGUUUGAAAUUUUAAGGAAAAAGUGGAGCAAUACUUAUUAAGACUUUGACAUUUUAAAGAAACAAAUCUUUUACUGAUGUCCUGUUCAUCUCAUAGAAGUCUUUUACUGAUGUCCUGUUUAUCUCUCCACAGUUCGUGAUCACACCCAUGUACUGGUUCGUCCAGGGAACACUGUUCGUCGCCAUAUUCAUCAUCGGCCAUGACACCGGCCACUCCUCGUUCUCCAAGCAUGAGAUCGUCAACACGAUCUUCGGCAACAUCUGCCACACGUUUCUCUUCUGCCCGUACUACAUGUGGAAGGUGAGAUCAGGUCCUUAAUUUAAAACAGUGUUUAAAACUAUUCUGUUAUUGUUUAAUGGCCUAGAAUCACUUUCUUGUUAACGUCCAUGUUAAUUUCUUUGUUAACUUCCUUGUUAACUUCCUUGUUAACUUCCUUGUUAACUUGCUCAUUAACGUCCUUGUUGUCGCCUGACUUUGACGCCAACUUUCUACGAGUCUCGUUAUGCUCCUUCAUUUCGUUUGAUCGCUCCCGUUCCCUCAUGCUUCUGUUCGCGCGAGUCAGGCUUUCUGUCGCUUCGUUCGUUAAACUGGGGUGUUGCGAGGGUUAGUCCCGCCCGUUGUGGGCAGAGAAUUUUGCUGACCAACUUAACAAAUUUGUUUGAACUCUGUAGAUGUCAGAAAAUGAUGCCCCUCCAUGUAAGGAAGAAAAAAGUGCCGACCGGGGGUGGACUUCACACUUUGCAUCCCUUCCGACGCCCCUGUCGCUAAGUAGUUUUUUUUAAGCCCUUUCUCUGCGUAGUGUGGUACGCAUUUUUCUUUGUACAACUUGAACGAAUUCUCACGUGUUUACUGGCCCUGUUUCAUGUUAAAAAUUGCGUCACUUUUUAUAUUUGAAGUCUAAAAGCUUAAAGGUCAAAAAUUAGAAGCGCAGUACCCAAGGCUCAUUGAAUACAAUGAAUACAAUUGAAAACAAUACGAAAAAUAAUUUUUAAAAGCCUUCUUUUUCAAAAAAAAAAAAAAAAUGAACGAAAAGUGUAAAAUAAACUUGUUGCUCCUGCCAGAAGACCAGAGAAGCGUGUGCCGCCAUUAAGCUAAAAGGACAAAAAUUAGAAGCGCAGUACCCAAGGCUCAUUGAAAACAAUGAAUACAAUUAAAAACAAAACGAAAAAUAAUUUUUAAAAGCCUUCUUUUUCAAAAAAAAAAAAAAAAAUGAACGAAAAGUGUAAAAUAAACUUGUUGCUCCUGCCAGAAGACCAGAGAAGCGUGUGCCGCCAUAAAAUACGAUGGUGUUGUGCCACUCGACAAAUACAUCGUUGGACACAGGUAUUCAUAUGGACUGUUGCAAGUAAGGGGCGUGAAAUCGCGUCCAUGUCUCUACGAUUUGCAAAGACCAUUGAGCUGAUGAUGUGAGGGGAUGACCUGAGCUCAGAUCCCUAGUUCUCCAACAGAUACAGCGCGUGCUCGACUGCUCACUUUCAUGAUACGAAAUAACUCCGCAACCUUUCGCAAUAUUUUACACAGUUUUCGAUGUGCGCAAGCAAUUACCACUGCACCACACCUCCGACUUCUCGGUGUCGUACCUGUUUUAUACGGCCCACCUUAUACGUGAUAGAUUGAAUUGAGUGACGUGGACCGAGGUUUCCUGCGUUUAUUAUUCACCAAUGAUCCUUGGCAUUUUCAGUGCAAACCAUAAUGACAAAAUAAAAGACCAGGGUGGGGAGGGUUCAGAUAACGAAUGUUUCGGAUAAUCUGCUUCUGAAAAUCGACGCACGACUGUAUGUGUCAUUAAUUGUAUAACAUCAUUUAAAUCCCUCCAAAAAUUAAAUUAAUUUUUUUUUUAAAUGAUCUAUAUAUCAAUGUGGUCACGUCGGUCAAGUGGCGCCGGAGAAGUGGCGUCGGACAAGGUGCGUCGGAGAAGGGGCAUCGGAGAAGUGGAGCCCAAGAAGUGGCGUCGGUGUAGUGGCGUCAGAGAAGUGGCGUCAUAGAAGGGACAUUUUUGAAGUAGCGCCGGCGAAGUGGCGUCGGAGAAGGGUUUCUGGAGAAGUUGCGUCAGAGAAGUGGUGUCUGAGAAGUGGCCCCCUGCGAAGUGGCGUCUAGGAAAUGGCGCAAGAGGAGUGCCGCCGGAAAAGGGGCGCGGAGAAGGGGCGUCGGAGACGUUGCGUCGGUGAAGUUGCAUAGAAGAAGGGUCACUGGUGAAGUGGCGUCGGUGAAGUGGCACUGUUACUGCAUUAAAAAAAAAGUAUUUUCAGUUUAAGAUAUCUGCUUUGUAUAACUGACGGAGAAUUUCAGGACAGGCCAUUCGGGAGAUUUCACUUUUAAAGCAAUAAUUUUAAUACACAGACGUUGCAUUGGAGAUGGCGUCGGUGGGUCGUCAAGCGCGAGCUCUUAAUUCCCCUUCCCAUCGAACACCCCCACACGGGCCAACGCCGGGUCUCCCCGCCGCCAGACCGUGCGGAAGCACGACGGAGACCUCCCCUCUGGCCUGGGGGGCGUCCGGUCGACUGAAAACGCUGCGCUUAAAGCGUUCGCGCUCCACUCUCCUUGUGUCUGAACGGCUUUGCUUCCUUGACAGACUGUGAAGUCGUAGUUAUAAAUUAUAAUCGUCCUGCUCUUAAGUUAUGUUUCUCCUAGUUUUAAAUGUCUUUGUUGUUUAUUCGACACGGUGAACAAUAUUAUGCUCAAUAUAAUCACAUCUCAUUUUCCAACAACUUGAUUCAAUCAAAGAAUCUUAUCGUAUCCGCCGUAUUAUGUUUUAAAAUGUUUUAACUUGUUUGCUUUAGAUAUCCCACAGGAAGCACCAUAUGCAUACUUGCAACAUGGACAGGGAUCGAGUUUUCUACCCAGUCCGAAAGAAGGAUCGUGUUGACGGACUCCCUUUGAUCAAGGGCUUCGCUCUUGGAUUCGGCUGGUUCGCCUAUCUCAUUCAAGGCUAUAAACCAAGGGGCGUAAGUGUGUGCCAUACUUAGAGAACCUCGCACUGGAACUGGCCAUCAAACUUACCUUCUACGUGUUGGUUCUGCUAAUGAGGCUUUAAGCUUGAAUUUUUUUAAAAAAAAUAAUAAUAAUUUUUACAUUUGCUCAGUCUAAUGGGGCCCUAACCAGCUCUACGGGACAAAUCUAUCAUUUCAGAUAUUAAUCUGACAUCAAUUUAUCGGGGCCCUUACAAGUUGUAACGGAAGCCCCCUGUCCCAGCAGACCUGUAACUGAAAACAAUUUACAUAAUCUAAGGGACGCUCUCUAGUAGUAGACUAAUAAAAGUGUUGGAUUGCGAAAAAACUUUGAAGUACAUUAAUGAUAUACAAACAACUUUUGGUGCAUACAAAAAAUUGUAGGUUAAGCGUUAAUUAUACUUUAAAAAAUAUAUAUUCAACCUUCUUGGCAAAUUUAACAGUAAAGCCAAAAAAAAUCAUUUACAUAAUUAUCAAUUAAAUUUACUUUAAAAAUUUAUUAAUAUCCCACCUUUACCUAAAUAUGAAUGGGCACAGGUCCGUAUCAAACAUUUAAAAACAAAAGAGGAAAUGUCGGUGCUGCAGUGUAAAAUUGUGAAAUUUGGUUCCUAUCGCAUCGCGUGAACGUGUCACAUCUAUUUAGUCAAUUAAUUUCCCUAUCAUUUGUAUCCGGUGUAUUGCUCCUAUAAAUUAUGCCAAUAACUCCAAUGUCCAAUAUUCCGUUAUGGUUAGCGCUAUUGAAAUGUUUAGAAACGGGACAAAUGGCUUGUUUAUUGAUGUUGUAGAGGUGUUCCAUAAAACGAUCUAAAGGGCGACGUUCUGUCUUCCCUAUGCAUGAUCUUCCGCACUUGUUACAAAGGAUGGUGUAAAUCACGUUGCGAGUUGUGCAAGUAAAAACAUCUUUGAUUUUUGAAUAUUUCCAGAGGGAAGUUAAUUUUAUCGGGGCCUUACAAGUUGUAACGGAAGCCCCCUGUAUCAGCGUACCUGUAACUGACAACAAUUUACAUAAUCUAAGGGACGCAUCUCUAGUAGUUACGUAGGGACAUGUGUUACACUGGCUACGUUUUCAACUUUUGGUGCACAUAUAUUUCCUUAGGUAGCUCCGAUAUAGAGGUCACAUCCGCUGCUAGGAAUCUUGGUUACCGUCUUUCUGAUAACACAUCUCUUAAGAAUCAUAUUUCUCACAUAUGUCGCUCUGAAUACGCCGCUAUCCGUCAAAUUAGCUUCAUCCACCACCAACUCACAGUCAGCGCAACAAAAACAUUAGUCUGUACUCUUGUUGUCUCUAGUCUUGACUAUUGUAACUCUCUUCUGUCAGGUUCACCAAAACAUUUCAUAGAAAAACUGCAGAAAGUUCAAAAAUCAGAUGCUAAGUUAGUUCUAAAGGGAAAAAACGUGAUCACUUCACUCCACUAAUGCACUUACUUCAUUGGCUCCCUAUACAGGCACGCAUUGAUUACAAGCUGUCUGUUCUCUGUCACAAAAUUUUCUCUAGUUCCUGCCUUUCUUAUCUUACUAAACUUCUUACUGUCUAUUCGCCCCUUCGAAACCUUUGUUCCUUCGCAGACACGCGUAUUCUUUCUGUUCCAAGAACACACACUAAAACAUAUGGUGAACGAUCUUCCUCUUUCUGCGCCCCCAAACAAUGGAAUUCUCUCCCACUACACAUGCGCAAUAUACCUACCAUACAGGCCUUCAAAACUGCACUCAAAACACAUCUCUUUAAAUUCUACUAUCCCGACUGCUUCCCCCCCCCCCCCCCCAUGGCCAAUAAACGAUGCUGCUUGUUGCUGUCCAUGGCUUGACAGGUAACGUUCUUGGGGUGGGUGGGGUGGGGUGAAGUUGUACAUUUGUUUUUGUCUUGUUGUUAUACGGCUGUUUUUAAGUGUAAUGUUAUGAUUAUGUUUGCGGUGGUGCGCUGUAUAAGACCACUAAUAAUAAUAAUAGUAAUAAUGAUAAUAUGUGCUUAAAUAGCAGGCUGUUAGCUUCCCUAAGGCUCUUGUCCCCCGGAAAGCGAAAAGAGAAGGUUUAUUUGAAAAUAUGGUUGGUGACAGUCUGUCGGAAGAUUGGACAAGUUUUUGAGAGCUAGAUAAUGAGCCAUAAGGUUAUGUGGAUAAAAAGUUACAAUAACUUCACAACUACCCCUGCUGCCAGAAGGAGUUACUUUGGACGAAUUAUGUCUGGUCAUACCUUUAACUCUAGUGACAGCUGCUUCUGGUAGAACACCUUCAACUAUUGAAAGCUUAUAAGAAAAUGGGUGGGGGGGGUGGGGGUUGUUGUGGUUUACGAAAUCUUAAGGGAGUCCCAUGUUAUUGAAGAUCUUGCCCUAACGUCAGGUAUCGGAGAACCUGCCAAGUUUAUGAUUGAGAAAAACUUACUGUUCAAUAUUAUGCUGCACAAAAGAUUUAGCUCCAUUUAUGUUCACUUAAAAUAACACAGCAUUUACCUGUUUCUACACCACCUCGACCCCCAGAUCCAGCAUUUCAAUCCACUGGAUCCGCUGUUCCGCCAUCACGUCGCCAACUGCAUCAUCUCGCUCGUCUGCCUUUUCCUUUGGUCCAUGUGCCUGGCUCGGCUCCAAGAGGCGUUCGGUCUGGGCGCUCUCGUCUACCACUGGGGGGUUCCGACAUUCGUCUUCGCCAGCUACAUGGUCAUCAUCACGUUCUUGCAGCACACCGAGGAGAACACCCCCUGGUACAGCGAUGACGUGUGGGAGAAUCUCCGUGGACAGCUGUCUACCGUAGAUCGUCACUACGGAUGGUGUCACGAAAUAAUUCACAGGUAAAAAUGCUGCUGCACUCUUCCAAUGCUUUAUUUCCGUAUAUACUCGUUUAAAAGACCGUUUAUUUCAAAGCCGACCUCUUUAGUUUUUGUCUGGAAACCUCUGAUAUUGUGUGUAACGCGCUCACAAACCGAAACUAUAAAACACCAUCCCAGUGGAAAAGACGCGCACAACAUACGGCUCUCGGGCCGCCAGCACGCACUUUGUGGCUAACGGAGUAACGAAAUAUUCUUAUUUGUAAAUAGCUUUCCCCCUGUCUAUUUUCUUUCGGACCGCACACGGUUUUAUUAAAGUCUUACGGCCACCCUAAAGUUUGUGCUGUGCAGGCCUGCAGUGGCAGAUGAGGAGUACUCAAGAAAAUAUUUGUAUUUUUUGUAUCCAACCUUCUUAAAUCGAUUAUUGAGUAAAGAAAAGGGACUUAAACACAGACAUACAAUUCUAUGUGUAUAAAACGAACAAAUUUACAUUACGUUGUGUAUAAGACAAAAUAGAUAUUCAAAAUUAUGUUUAUAACAAUGACAGACAUAGAAUAAUAUGUGUAUAACAGAAAUUGACUUAGAAUACUUUGUCUUAGCACAAAUAUACCUACAAUAUUAUGUUUAUAACACUAAUCGACAUAGGCGAGUCCUCACUACCUGGACCGCUGCUCGGGUCCGAUCGAACUCCAUCAGACGGGACCGCUGCCGCGGCUUAGGCUACGGGAGUAUUUCCGGAUUGAAAAAAUCAGAGAUGGCUUUCCAAGGUGGGAUGAAAGCCAAGUUUUACCAACAAAUCUGGCAUGCCGUACUUCACCUUAGAAAACGAACAAUUAUUUAUGCUGCAUGUGACAGAGAUUUGUCUGUGCAGAUAAUUUAUUAUCCUCCAAACUAAAACUAUGCUAUUUUAAGCUUAAACACGUGUAUUUCUUUAAUUUAAACAUUCAUAAGAACAUGUAAAAUAAAAUUGUCUCCUACUCCCCACCCCUCCUUGGCAGCAUCGGCACCCAUCAGAUCCACCACCUGUUCCCUAAAGUUCCCUAUUAUCAUCUGGAAGAGGCGACCGUAGCAUUUCGCAAGGCUUUCCCGGAGCUGGUCAACGUAUCUGUGGAGCCCAUCAUCCCGGCAUUCCUGAGGAUGUUCCAGAAGUACGCCACUCAGAAUGUGGUUGAGAACAACACACAAGUCCACAUCUACAAGUGA